AUGUCUCUCAAAUACCUCGACUCGGCGAGAAAGAUUCUCUGCAUUGGUAGAAACUACGCUGCUCAUAUCAAGGAGCUUAACAAUCUUGCACCCCAGCAGCCAUUCUUUUUCCUAAAGCCAUCCUCGUCGAUCUUACGCCCCAACAAUGGUCCUUUCUUGGUGCCCAAGGGUGUCGUUGUUCAUCAUGAGGUCGAAUUGGCAUUCACUUUAAACAGGACACUCAAAAACUUGCCUUCUUCUUUCAGUCACGAGGAAGCUUUGGAGGCAAUCGAGGGUUACGCCUUAACAAUUGACAUGACUGCAAGAAAUGUGCAAGACGAGGCCAAGAAGAAAGGCUUGCCUUGGUCAAUUGGGAAAGGAUUUGAUACGUUCUUGCCAGUUUCAGGGUUUAUUCCCAAGCAGCGUAUUCCCGAUCCUUAUAAAAUUUGCUUGCAGCUCUCGGUCAAUGGUGAGAAAAGACAGGACGAUUUAACUAGCCUAAUGAUCUUCCCUAUCCACAAGAUCUUGAGCCACAUGUCACUGAUAAUGACACUCGAGAAAGGCGACCUAAUUCUAACAGGCACUCCUAAGGGCGUUGGCCCGGUGGUUCCAGGCGAUCAUAUCGUGGCCAGCUUGACAGUGGGAGACGAGGUUUUGGAGACAAUUGACAUUCGUGCGGAGGAAAAGGAGGGCCCCUACGUAUUUAAGGAGACUUAA